AUGUCUGAUACGACAGGGGACAAGGUUUCUGAUGGUUUAAUCCGUGCUACCAUACUAACCGCAGGUAUUGUUAGCAUUUCAUGCAGCGUAGGAGCUAUCGUAGGGAUGAUGAUAGGAAAAAGUAUGAUGGUUCCGAUUCCUACCGUUGUGGUGAGUUUACCUGUCGUAACAUAUUUAACACCUCUGGAAAAAGACGAAGGAGAGAAAAAGAUGAUAAAAAAACUUAAAGAAAAAGAUGAUAAAAAGACUUAAAGAACAAUAAAUUUUUUUUUAUUUCUUUCACUUAAGAAAUAAAAGAGAGAAUGUCUGAUACUAAAAAGGAACUCGUUCAGGAUUUGUACGAUGCUGCACUUUUAACAUCCGGAGUCGUUGGAAUUUCGUACGCGGCGAAAACAAUUGUGGGGAAAAGUUUAGGUGCACCGAUGACGUUAGAAGGAGCGAUGAAACUUGGUGUUGCCGUGGCGGGAAGUUCGUUUGCCGUGGCCUAUCUCAAAGACAAAGGUUACGUUCCAAAAACAAUCGGUAAAUAAAAAAAAGAUGACAACCAAUUUAGUAGUCGGUGGAUUAUUCAAUGCGGGCGCGGGAUUUUUAUUUUCCCACCUAAAUCAAAACGGGUACAAGGAAGAAGUGAAAAGACAUAAUCGUGCGUUGGAAGAAUUAGCGGCUGCGAAAGAAAAAUUUUACGAAUCCGAAGUGAAAAGACGGAACGAAGAAUUACGACGACGGCAGGAAAUCUUAGAUGCGAAUCACGAUAUCGAAGAGACGAAUAAAGCAUUGGAUGCAUUAAGAAAUUAUAAUCGACAACAGGAUUUAAAUGCAUUAGAUCGUAAACCGAAAUUCGAAGAUUAUUAUCAACCGUCGGAUGAAAUGCAAAAAUAUUUAACGAUGACGGUUGGAAUUUUAGGUGUGGGCGGUGGGUAUAUGCUGACGCGAAUUUUUUAA